GUUGGCUAAAUCAUCAUGAGCUAUGGCUUUAAUACGAUUGAUCUUCAGGACUCGGUCCAUACGGACCUAGCCAUAUUAUUUGAACAGAUGCAGACCUGUAGCCAUUCUCUUAGCGAUGUAAUAAUCGAAUUGCGUGAUGGUCGUCAUUACUAUGCCCAUAGUUGGGUGCUAACUUUUCGAUCCUGUUAUUUUCAACGGAUGCUCGAAUCUCAGCUAGGGGAAAGUCAAACACGAUGCAUACGCAUUGAAGACGAGCCCUAUCUUAUCGAGCAACUAUUACGAUACCUGUAUUUGGGCCAAGUGAAGUUCGAUAAUCUUCAACAGCUUUUGUGUUUAUGUAUUACAGCCGACAAGUAUUUAGCUGACCGAAUGAGCAUAGCUUUGGUUGAACAAGUACGAGUUGGAUGGCUCAAUCAAUUUACAGCAGUUUCAAUCUAUCAAUUUAGCCAUCAUUUUGAACAAAAACGAUUGUCUCAACUUGCUGCAGAUUAUUUGUUAGCGAAUGGUCAACUUGUUUUGGCUAAUCGAUCGCUUAUGGAUUUGUCUCCCGAACAAUUAUUACCGUUAAUAGAUGAUGAUCAUUUUCGUUGUAUUGAAAAUGAUCUGCUUGAUUUCCUGUUAGCCUAUAUCAGCUAUUAUAACACUGAGUACAGUGGUCAAAUUCAGAUACGAACAUUCGAUUCGACUAACAUACCAACACCAUUUCGCAUAAAACUAGAUGAAAUUGGAGUUGAAACAAUCAAUAUAGAUCCGAAACUAACAAAUGAUGUGGCUAAGGAAUGCAAUCCGUUGGUUUUCAAACUGAAUCGCUCUGAUCAGGAAUCAUUAUUACGAUGUAUACGUCCACAGGCUUUGUUGCAAACUGAUAAUUUGUUAAAGUCGUUGUCGUUAAUUUAUGAUACUCGUCUGGUCAGUUGGUGUCGUUAUCAGCUACACUUGGCCAACCAGCAUUAUUCAGCAGUGCGUCAAUGUUAUCCGAUAGCUCAACGUCGUUAUCGUAUUGAACAACAAUCGGGCCUAAUCAAACUUCAAAGCAGAAUAUUCUUUGAUUCUUUACGGAUUCGAUUUUCAAAUCCAUUAAGAAUAUGGCGAUCAUUAUCUCAACGAUAUGCUGUAUUUGAAUAUACAGUGAACAAUAAUCUUCAACAACAACAAGAAUGGCAGAAAAUAAUUAGCGCAAAAAUGCGAUUGAUAAAUCAAAAUUCAAUAGAAUUUCAUUUAGAUCAAAUUAUAGAUGCAUGCUACAUACGAUUAUCAAUGUGCGAUUUGAUGAAUCAAGCAACACCCGUUUCAGUUGAAUUGGAUCUAAUUGGGCGACCGUGAUGGAUCCACAGGAUGGAUGACGCCAUUUGAAAUAUGUGUAUUAUGCUAUAAUACACACCACUACAACUAAAUAGUGUGAUUGAAUGUUAUCACAGGCCAC